AUGUCGUACGAGAACAACAAUAGAGGGUCAUACAGAAGUUACGGAGGAGCAAAUUCUCAUGGUUACGAGAGAAGAGAUAACUAUAGAGACAGUUAUCGUGAUAACAGAGGAGGCUAUGGUGGAAGAGGAGAUCGUUUUGAGGAUCAUGAGCUAGGUGCUAGUUUGGGUAAGCAGGAAUGGGAUUUGGAUUCGUUGCCUAAGUUCGAGAAGAACUUCUAUAAGGAAGAUCCAGAGAUUGCAAAGAUGUCAGAUGAGCAAAUUGAAAAAUUCAGAAAGGACAAUGAGAUGAAGAUCUUUGGUAACGAUGUCCCACGUCCAAUCGAGACUUUCGACCAGGCCGGAUUCCCUGACUACGUUUUGAGCGAAGUUAAGGAGAUGGGUUUCGAAAAACCUACCGGUAUUCAAUGCCAAGGUUGGCCUAUGGCACUUUCUGGUCGUGAUAUGGUUGGUAUUGCAUCCACUGGUUCCGGUAAAACUUUGGCUUACACUUUGCCCGCCAUUGUUCAUAUUAACGCCCAGCCUUUGCUUCAGCAAGGCGAUGGUCCAAUUGUUUUGAUUUUGGCACCUACAAGAGAGUUGGCAGUGCAAAUUCAGCAGGAGUGCGGAAAAUUCGGCCACACCUCAAGAAUUAGAAACACCUGUGUUUACGGUGGUGUUCCAAGGGGUCCACAAAUCAGGGCUCUUUCCAGAGGUGUUGAAAUCUGCAUUGCCACCCCAGGAAGAUUGCUGGAUAUGCUCGAAGGAAGAAAGACUAACCUCAGGAGAGUUACAUACUUGGUUCUAGAUGAAGCCGACAGGAUGUUGGAUAUGGGUUUCGAGCCUCAAAUCAGAAAGAUUGUUGAUCAGAUCAGACCUGACAGACAAACAUUGAUGUGGUCUGCAACUUGGCCUAAAUCAGUUCAGUCUUUGGCUAGGGACUAUCUUAAAGAUUACAUUCAGGUCAACAUCGGUUCGCUUGAGCUUUCCGCUUCCCACACUAUCAAGCAGAUUAUUGAGGUCUGCUCUGAUUUCGAGAAGAGGGAGAAGUGUUGCAACUACCUGAAGCAGGAGAUGGCUGAUGAGAAAUCAAAGGUGAUCGUUUUUGCUUCAACUAAGAGAACGUGCGAUGAAUUGACCACAUAUCUUCGUGAAGAGGGAUGGCCUGCACUUUCUAUUCAUGGUGAUAAGGAGCAAAGAGAGAGAGACUGGGUCUUGAACGAGUUCCGUACGGGAAAAUCGCCUAUUAUGGUUGCUACUGAUGUUGCAGCCAGAGGUAUUGAUGUGAAGGACGUUACCGCAGUUAUCAACUACGAUAUGCCUGGAAAUGUUGAGGAUUAUGUCCAUCGUAUCGGAAGGACGGGAAGAGCCGGCGCUAAAGGAACUGCAGUGACAUUUUUCACAAGAGACAACUCUCAUCAAGCACAUGACUUGAUCGUUGUUCUUCGUGAAGCAAAGCAGGAAGUUCCAGAAGAAUUGCAAGCUAUGGAUCACAGAGGUGGCCGUGGUGGAAAUAGAGGUGGAAGAUGGGGAGGAAGAGGAAGAUAUGGAGGCAGACGUGGUGGACGUGGAGGUUUCCGUAGAAAUAACUACAGAAGUGGUGCUAACAAUGCUCCUCUGGGUGCCAGAAGGUACUGA